AUGACAACAAAAGUUGGUAUAGUUCAAAUGCAAUCAACAGCAAACAAGGAACGGAACUUCGAACAGGCGGUUACGUAUAUUAACCAGGCCAAAGCAUCGGGAGUCAAGAUCGUUUUUCUCCCCGAAUGUUUUGAUUUCGUUGGACGGUCACGUGAGGAAACGCUUGAUCUUUCAGAAGUGUUAGACGGACCUUUGAUAACAAAAUACUGUGACUUGGCUUCUCGAGAAAGCCUUUGGAUUAGUCUCGGUGGUGCUCAUAUAAGGAUCACAGAGAACGGCGAUCAGUUGUUCAAUUCUCACAUAGUUAUUAAUUCAGAUGGUCAAAUAGUGGGAGUUUAUCAUAAAGUCCAUUUAUUCGAUGCCAAUUUAAGUGAAAACGAAACUACACCCAAUACAGAAUCAACAUGUACACGAUCAUCGUUUUUUGAGUCGAAAGCAAUAUGUGCUGGUACCGAGGCUCCAAUCGUAAUCCAAAACACCCCUGUUGGAAAUUUGGGACUAGCUAUUUGUUAUGACAUGCGAUUCCCUGAACUAGCGUCUCAUCUUCGAUAUGCUAAGAAUGCUCAUGUUCUGAGUUAUCCAUCUGCUUAUACUACUCAUACAGGAGAAGCUGGUCAUUGGCAUACGUUGAUUCGAGCCAGAGCUAUUGAGAAUCAGUGUUAUGUAGUUGCUGCAGCCCAGGUACCCUACUCAUUCCUAUGUUUUUCAUUCUUCUGA